UAAUUGCAUAUGGAUUGGCUACGGACAGAACAGUCAUGUCGGCCCCACUGACGCAGCAAUACAUUUUUUUGGGAAUACGCAGUGAUACGUACAGAGAUAUUUCUCAGAACGGAGAGAGAAAGAGACACAGAGCCAGAUUAUGUGUGCAGCCGAGAUAGGGUGAGGCGGAAGUGGCGAGAGAGAGAAGGAGACUGACUACACCACUUGAUUUCCCCGCCGGCGGAGCAAAGCUUCUCCCGACUUCCGACCUUUACAUCAAAGAGGAAUGCAGGAUUUUCAAUCAAUCAUGGGGCAGACCACUGAUCGGAUCUUCGGCGGCGUUACUGACGGAACCGCCGGCGGAUGGGAUAACCGGCGGCUCAUAACCUGUCCAUCCGCCACCACGGCGGCAAGCUCCCAUCAUCCACCACCCCCAUUGAAAUGCCCCAGGUGUGACUCGCAGAACACCAAAUUCUGCUAUUACAACAACUAUAAUCUGUCACAACCCCGUCACUUCUGCAAGUCCUGCCGGCGCUACUGGACCAAAGGCGGCGUCCUUCGCAACGUUCCCGUCGGCGGUGGCUGCCGGAAGCCCAAACGCUCUUCUAAUUCCAAAUCCCAUCGAUCCUCUGCCAGCCGUUCAAGCAGCGACAGUUCCGGCCGAAAUCCACCUGCUCCUCCCGAUUCUGAAAAUUUUCCCAAAUCCUCUUCCUCCAACCCCAAUCCUCCUAAUCCUAGUAGCUUCGAUCAGCCUUUCACGGUUUCGCAGAAUGGAGCGGUGGACAUCUUCCCCGAUGGAGCGGGAACCUUUUCGAAUCUUACGGCGGCUACUGCAAAUCAAUCUAUUCAUGGAUUCAACUUCAUCGAUUCACAGCUGCUGCGUGUUCCAGAUCCCCGUCAAAGGGUAGAGGAGAUACCGACGCAGGAUAUCAUUCAUCAGGUGGCAACAAGUAGGGGGGAUAAUAGCGCGAUUGAGUGGCCGCCGGCGAUGGAUACAGGUAUCUAUGACCUCGCCGGCGCCACCGAUCCGGUGACCUAUUGGAGCCAAAGCCACUGGAUCGACGGUGAAUCCUCGCUCUAUCUUCCCUGAUUUUCGUUUUUGUUUUUUUUCCAUUGUGGAGAAAUGAUACCUACUUAGUCUGUCGAUUUACGGUGUGUUUUUCCAGGUAAAAAAAAUGUGUGAAAUUUGUCCAUAAAUAUUUACUGUCUCAUUCUUAUUAAAAACUCGAUAUGGUAUUGUGUCA